AUGAAGAUUCUCGAAGCCCAAUCCGCUGUUCUCACAAACUAUGAGGUCUUUCAGCACGUCACAGAACAACGUGAACGAUACAAGACUGCCAAGCGCAGAGGACCCCCAAAUCUUGAGACGGUUGUUCGUGAGCUUCUCCAGUAUCUUCGCACAAACCCUGGCCCUUUGAGCCAAGAACCUGUGUCAUACACCGAGGGCUGCAUCUCUAAACUUCUUGAGCGCCUGCGGCCCUACAACCUCGCCAAGGGCGAAGUUGUCAUGAUCAUCAACCUGCGCCCCGCCUCAGUCGCUGCUCUCAAUACGGUUGUUGAGGAGAUGUCUGAGCGUUUCGACGAAGAGCAGCAGGAAGCCAUGGUCAGUAUUAUCGCUGAAGUCCUGGGCCAGUUCCCUGCCUCUGAGGAAGAAGGUGCCGAGGAAGGUGUUGCUGACGUCUCGAUGAACGACGCCGCUGCUUGA